GAACAAACUAAAACAAAAAAAUCAAAAUGGCAAAACCCGUUCUAUACAUGGCCACAUUGAGCCCACCCUCGCGAGCAGUUAUGUUAACUGCCAAGGCUAUUGGUUUGGAAUUGGAAUACAAACCCAUCAAUUUACUCAAAGGUGAACACUUGACACCGGAGUUCGUGAAAAUGAAUCCCCAACACACCAUUCCCACAUUGGUCGAUGGCGAGGCCAUUAUUUACGAUUCACAUGCCAUCUGUGCAUAUUUGGUAGAGAAAUAUGGCAAAGAUGACAAGCUGUAUCCCAAAGAUUUGCUACAGCGUGCCCAGGUUGAUGCCCGCCUUCAUUUCGAUUCCGGUCACUUGUUUGCCCGUCUACGUUUCCUCUACGAACCGAUUUUGUAUUAUGGUUCGACAGAUUGUUCAAUUGAUAAAAUUGCCUACAUUCAAAAAUGUUGGGAAAUUAUGGAGGGAUUUCUCAAGGAUCAUCCAUAUGUGUGCGGUGAUGAGUUAACUAUUGCCGAUUUUUGUUGUGUCGCCACCAUUACAUCGGUCAAUGAUGUGGCACCCAUUGAUGAAUUUAAAUUCCCCAAAGUGUUGGCCUGGCUGAAACGUAUGGCCGAAUUACCGUAUUAUAAGGAUACAAACGAGGAGGGUGCCGAAGAAUUGAAGAGAAUUUUCAAGGAAAAAUUGGCCGAGAAUCGUGGAGCUAAAUAAGCAGAAGUACAAAUUUUUCAAAACCAUACAACGGGAUCAAGAUGUUAUACUAUUUAAACGAUCAUGCACAGAUAUACAAAUAUAUAUUUACACAUAUGAAUGUAAUUCUAAAAUUUACUUUGUUUUAACAAAAAUAAUAAACAUUGCAAAUGUUAAGAAUA